CCCCUCUUCCCAUCUCAAUCUCUCGCUUCUUCUUGGUCCAACGUAGAUUGGUUUUGCUCGCUUGCUGCGGCGGGCGUGGCCGGGCUGCCGGAACCAGCGCCGAUCGCCGGAAUUCGAGGAAUCAUGGUAGCGAGGAAGCGCUUGCACUCUGCAAUCCUUUAUUGAUUUCGAUUAAUUAUUUGUACUGACUCAUAGUAUGUGCAUGCCUAUGCCUGCUGUUCUUCUUUGGAGAUAGCAAAGUUUCCUGUUCUUCUUUAGUACGUACAUGAAUUUGUAUUGCUAGUGUGCCAAAUCCUUCUUCUACCACACUCAUGUGUAAGGCCACAUGCAUGAUUCUGAGGAUCUCGGUCAAUUGACACGAAAUAUAGAUUGUAGAUUGUAGAACACCUUGAUUGAAUUGGAUUAAUCAUUGUCUACUGGAUUGACUAUCGUAUACUCCGCUGUUAGUUUCUCUUCUUGCAUGUCAGAAAUUGAAUGUUGUUCCCGUGAUUCCUCCAAAUGAUGAUCCAAAGCUUUUUUUGGCAAACAACUAUGUCACAGUAUUCUUAUACUCCUAUAUAGUUAAAAUUUUCAUUCUUGAGCAAAAAUCAGUAAUUUAAUAAUGUUAAUUAUAUAUAUACAAACGUAUCCCCGUAUCCUUGUUUUUCGAAAAUCGCCGUAUCGGCGUAUCGCGUUAUCCGUAUCCGUAUCGCCGUAUCCGUGCAACAUAGCUUCAGGCUGGACAACACUUCCUGGAGAUCCAUCUGACCAGGAGGAGGGGGGUUCCAGAGAGGACAGAUAUAUUGCCAACAUAGAACUGCAAAAGGGCACUGAAAGAACAGAUGAUCCCUUGUCUCCAGAUGUUGCUGAUUGCACAUUAUACAAGAAUAGUCGGCCAUCCGAAAAUUCUUACGCUGCAGCAGUGCUCUAGUGUUCAGCCUAUUGUGUAUAAGAAGCCAGAAAAAGACCUUAUGUUUCUGCUGACAACAUCCUUUCCACAUCCAAUCUAAGGCAGCAUGUGGUAUUAAGUCUUGCAGCAGUGCUUGGAACAAGUUCAGCUGUACCAAUGCUUCCUCAGAGAUGGGUAGAUGAAAUAAAUCUGGAAUAUGUGGAGAAGCAAGAGCUUCUUUGAUGGAGAUAGACCCAUUCUUAGCAAAUGAGAAUAAGUGAGGCCACUUAAGUUUCAAGGGAAUAUCUGACCAAGAAUUCUGUCAUAGGAGAAUUGAGUUUCCCUGCACAAAGGUACAAAUAGCCAGGUUUUUAUAUGUGGGCAAUGUUUUCAGACAAUCUCUCCACCAGAAAGAAACAGCAAGGCAGAGGUGUAAUAAAGCUCCCAAGCAAGAUGGAUCCAAGGAAGGUCAGCAUGAUUGUAAAAUUUGUGGAUAUGUUUCAUAAGUAGGCAGGACCCCAAGACCUCCCUGCUUUUUAGGCUUACAGACAAGGUCCCAGGCUGCUAGAGGAGGGUUUUUCUUCUGUAGAUCCUUAUCUCUCCAUAAACAAUGCCUCCUAUAUUUGUCCACUUCAGCUAACAUCCAUUGGUAAAGUUUGAGGGAGCAAAGGUAGAACAUAGGCAAAGAGGAGAGAACUGAGUUAAGCAUCCUGAGCUUACUGCCAUAAUUAAGAUACAUGGUACAAGCAGGUAAAAAUUCCUUCCUUGACUUGGUAGUACUCAAAGGAAGCCCAAAAUAUGUGAAGGGCAGAGAACCCAGCUGACAGUUUAGGGUAGAGGUGAAGAGAUGCACCCUGUUCUCUAGUAUAUUAAUAGGGAUAAGAUUGGAUUUUGCAUAGUUCACUCUUAAACCAGUGGCAUUUCCAAAAGUCUGUAAAAUCUCAGUGAGGUGUUGCUUCCAUGAUAACAAGGGUGUCAUCUGCAUAUUGGAGAAUGGGGAAGAAGUGUGAGCUCUGCAAAUUCAGUGGCCUUUUAAGCAGCUCUUCAUGUAAAGAGAGAUUGAUCAAAGACUGUAGUACAUCAGCAGCAAGAACAAAAAGCAAAGGUGAUAGUGGAUCACCCUGCCUAACUCCUCUUCUACAUCUGAAAGAGCUACCAAGGAUUCCAUUGAGGAGGACUGCAGAAGAAGCAGAGCAAAAGAGCUGUUUGAUCCAAAGGCACCAUAAAUUGCCAAAGCCCUUUGCUUGAAGGACUUUUAGAAUGAAGGUGUGAUCUACCUUGUCAAAAGCCUUCUCAAAAUCCAGUUUUAAUGCAAGAACUUCUUUCUUUGAUCUGUGACAAUGGUGUAGGUACUCAUAGGCCCAUGCUAAACUGUCCGUAUUGUCCUGGAUUUGAUAAAACCAUAUUGGUUCUCAUGAAUCAGACUCUGAAUUACAGUCUGCAAACGGUUGGCUAGCAACUUAGUAAGCAAUUUCAAAGUACAGUUUAACAGAGAGAUUGGCCUGUAAUCAUUGACAGUGGAAGCAUCAUCUUUCUUUGGUACCAAGGUAAUGAAACAGCUAUUAAUACUUUCUAGACAUAGGGAUCCAGAAUGGAACUGCUCACAGAGGUCAUAGAAAUCUUGCUUAAUAAUGUGCCAACAUUUCUUGAGGAAUUCUGCAUUGAAUCCAUCUGGUCCAGGGGACUUAUUAUUAGGAAAGUCCUUAACCACUGCAUCAAUCUCUUCAUGGGUAAAAGGUGCUUCUAGGAAAGAUAGAUCUACAUCAGAGUGGAGAAGUUGUUGCAUGUUCUGUAGAGGAACGGUAUUAUCUAUUCUGUCCUAGCCUGUCUAUAGAAGCUUGUAAAAGCAGAGAGGCCUUUGCUGAAUGUUCACUAACAGUAUCCUGCAGAAUUAACCAGGGAGGCAACAUGAUUCUUUCUUUUCUGGGAUGAAGCCAUUGAAUGAAAAAAAUCUUGAAUUCUCAUCUCCAAGAGUUACCCAUUUGAUUUUCCCUCUAUGCUUCCAGUAAGCCAACUGCUGAGCCAAUUUUGUUGCUAAGUGCUUUUUCAUUGAUUUCCUGAAAGUACUCUCUAGAGCAGAAAGAUCCCUAAAAUUUUCCAAGGCAUCUAGGAGAGAUAUGAGAGCAUUAAGAUCUGCAAUUGUUUCUUUCAAAGGAGACAAGCUUUUAGACCAAGUCUUGAGACUUUCCCUAAGAAUUUUAAAUUUUGCAGAUAUUCUUUUGGCAGCAUCAGAGUAGUGAAUGGAAUGAGUCCAAUUUAAUUCCACCAAUGGCAAGAAGCCCUCCAUAUCCAUCCAACUAUUUUCUAUUAUGAAAAUCUCUGAUUUAGGGAUAGAAGUCUCAAUGGAUACCACACAUGGGACAUGAUCAGAUGUAGUCAUGGCUAGUGGGGUUGCCAUAGUGUUAGGAAAGUUUUCUGUCCAAGCCAGGGAAGAGAAAAACCAAUCAAGCCUUUGCAAGAGUGGACUAUCCUGCAUAUUACUCCAGGCUUAUUUCUGUCUUGGGGAGAUCUGAGGAGAUUAAAGUCUCCUACAAGCAAACAAUUCUCCUCUGGUGGAAUGUCAACAUUGUGCAGCCAAUCCAAGAAACUGAUACUAUCUGAACUGUAUGCGGAUCUAUUCACCUGCAAUCUGUUUGCGGCGAUCUGCCUCAAGUAACAUGUAUGCCCAUCCCAAUCAGUUUCAAGGAGGAGUCACACAGAGUAUGGCCAUAUGGAAGUGCUCCGGGCCGCAGUCAAGCCGUUCUCAUAUGACAUCGGGAUCAGCCAGUUUUUCUUUUAAUAAAAAUUUAAGACCUGCUGAACCGCAGAGUCUGAAGUACUUUGCUAGCUUAGUGGGCCGACGAUUGCGUUGUGGAUUAUCAACUAGAGAGGGCAGUCUAAGUGUAAAGCUCGACAUGCUUUCACGUGAAAGAAUUUCGGGUAUGAAUUGGAAUUGGAGAGGCAUGCAUCAAAAAUUAGGAGCUACAGCUGGUGGGCUUUGUUUUGGAUUUUCAGUUACUGGGAUUGCAAAAGCUGAGAUGCCAGUUGACAGGAAUAUUUCAGAAACAUCAGCAUCAUCUAUUCAUGGGAAGAAAGUCUACACAGAUUAUUCUGUUACUGGCAUUCCAGGAGAUGGAAGAUGCUUAUUCCGUUCCGUGGUUCACGGUGCAUGUGUCCGGUCAGGGAAAGCUAUACCUAAUGAAGAUCUUCAGAGAAAGCUAGCUGAUGAAUUGAGGUCAAUGGUUGCCGAUGAAUUUGUCAGUAGACGGGAAGAGACUGAAUGGUUUGUUGAGGGUGAUUUCGAUACAUAUGUUUCUCAGAUUAGGCAGCCACAUGUGUGGGGUGGUGAGCCAGAACUGUUCAUGGCUUCACAUGUUCUUCAGAUGCCAAUAACUGUGUACAUGCGUGAUGAAGAUUGGGGUGGUUUAAUUAGUAUCGCUGAAUAUGGCCAAGAGUAUGGUAAAGAAGAUCCAGUACAACUUAUGUAUCAUGGUUUUGGCCAUUAUGAUUCCCUACAGAUUCCAGCCAAUAGGGGUCCAGAGGCAAGAAUGUAGAAUUUUGGAGUUCUGGACAAGGCACGUUGCAAAAGCAUUGAUCUGUGGAUAGCAGAUGUCUUUGUCUAGGGACAUGCUCAUAGAAAAUGGUAAGAGAUGGAAGACAUUCCAUUCUCUGUUUGAAGCUGCCCAACGAGCAAAAUUUGGAGCGAUCCAUUGCCUCUGAUUCUGCUGAAGAAAUAGGCAGGAACUCAACAAGGUAACAUCAUUAGGGGAGACGACUGAAUCCUGCUGUUGGUUCAUGUACUCACCGUGGACUGUUUCUCAAAAAACCUCACCAUAGAGUGGUGUAGAUAAACCUGUACUUAUAAGGCCGUAACUUGAUGUAAUCUCUCUUGCUCAGGCAAUAGAAGUUUACCGUUAGUCUCGUCUAUUUCAUUUGAAGAUCUGGAGGUUCGAGUGCUUGCUUUUAUUUGAACAGUGAGUGCUUGCUCUGUACAUAAUGACUAAACUAUGGAUGGCAAGUGAGAACAGAUCAAGUAAAAUGUUGGUUGACAGGCGGCAGAAAAUAUGGUGCCUACUGUCUGGUGUGA